AUGUCCAAUAAUCCUCAAACGCAACAUUUAGACUCUGCAAUUAUAGAGGAAGAUGAUGAAUUAGUUCAUCAUCAAACAAUAGACUUACCCGGAAAAGUAAGGCGUAGAUCCAGCGUAAGAACCGGUAACUCAGCGUUUGCUAUCACUCCCACGGCAAUAGCUACAGGAAGUAGACGAUGGAGUCAGACUACGAGCGCGGGAAUAGAAGAGAACUCGAUUGAUAAUCUUCCAAUCGUGUCAGUGAAUGCUCACCAUGAACCGGCAAUUAAAGAAGAGGGUGAUUCCAGCGAUAGUGAAACAGUAAUCGAGACAGAUGCUACAUCCUACAAAGAAGGUACAGACAGCCCAGAGAGCUUGUCGAGAAAACCAACGAUUUCUAGUUUAGGUAUAAGUGAACAUAAAUCAGAGACAUCUCUUAGUUCACCUAGAGGUAUCGCAAUAAUUACAACCUGUUGUGCCUCUCAAUUCUUUGAUAAUCAAUGGGUCACUUCUGUUAAUAUUGCUCUUCCUAUGAUGGCUUCUGACUUAGGGAUCGCCCAAGAGAGUAUGACCUGGUUGGUAGCUGCGUAUACACUCACGUUCGGUGGUUUCCUUCUAUUAUCUGGUGCUUUGGCAGACAGGUAUGGCCGUAAAAAGGUUUUCAUUGGUGGCAUGCUAUGGAUGUCAGUAUUCACUGUUGCUGUGGGUGUAUCGAAAAGCGGUAUUCAGGCCAUUAUUUUCCGUGCCUUACAGGGUAUUGGAGCAGCAAGCAGUGUACCUUCUGCAAUUGGUGUAAUAACCAAUUACUUUGUUGGUAAACAAAGAUCAAAAGCUAUGGCAUUAUUUGGUGCGUCUGGAGCUGUUGGUUUCGUCAUCGGAUUAGUGUUAUCCGGAUUGUUAAGUGGAACAAUUGGAUGGCGUUAUCUAUUUUACAUUUUAGCUCCAGUACUCGUCGCUAUUUCAGCUAGUGGUUUCUUCUUUUUUCCUCAAGAUCAUAUAGAAACACCUAAACCGAAAUUGGAUGUCAUAGGUUCAUUUGUCGGUACUGCUGCGAUGAUUUUACUAGUAUUUGCACUUACACAAUCUGAACUUAGCGGCUGGAAAACACCUAUGAUAAUCGUACCACUUAUUUUGUCUUUCGUGAUGCUUGCUGUCUUCCAUCUCAUAGAGAAGACAGUGUCUUCACCUGUUCUUCCUCCAUACCUGUGGAAGCAACCUUCUUUUGCAGGUAUAUUUGCAGCCGGUUUCACAUUAUAUAGCGCGUGGGCUAGUCAAAUAUACUAUCAAACGCUGAUUGCUCAAGAAGUCGUUGGACUUAGUCCACUGAUUACAGGUGUCUCAUUCAUACCAAUGGGUGCUGUAGGAAUCUGCUUUAGCUUGAUGGUCGGUCCGAUAGUAGAGAAAUUUCCGAUAAAACCAGUUCUUAUAAUCGGUUACAUUUGUCUUGUUGCAGCGCCAUUUCCAGCUGCUUUUACCCCUGUAGGAGGUAGCUUUUGGGCUUAUGUUUUACCAACUGCUAUAAUUGGUAUCAUUGGUACCAGCUUCUGCCAUAACAUUGGUACUAUUGCGUUGGUAGCUUCUGUACCCCCACAAGCAAAAUCACUAGCAGGUGGCUUAAUCAACACUGCAUUUCAGAUUGGUUCUGCUGUUGGUCUGUCAUUGACCAGUAUUGCGAAUCAAAGUGUCAAAGAACUCCAACUUGAGGACACGAAAGGUACCCCUCAAGCUACUAUGAAAGGUUAUCAAGCUGCUCUUUUCUUGUGUUCUGGCUUCGCAUUUAUUAGUUUGACUUUAACCACUAUAUUCACAAAGAAUGGCCAGAAAGCUGAUGCUGGUGUGAUUGUUCACUAAACAUCAACUAUAAACGUAUUCAGAUUUACCUUUCAUAGCUUUCAUUAGCUUUAAUCUUCACAACACACGCAUUCACUCUGACCUAUUUUGUAAAUCAUUGUAUUAGUAAUAGAUUAUGGAUAUAUUUCAUUA